AUGGAGAAGUCAUCGGUCACAUUCACGCAAGGAAGAAAAAGCAAAUCCAAGCUUGAACUAACGAACCCAGAGCUCCUAAAUCCCGCCGCACGCUUCAACGGUCGAGUUUUCGAUACGGACCCCGUCGUCACCUACAUGCUACUGGAAAUGUCACAGGAGGAGCGCCUGGCUUAUCUACCCAUCUACUGGUCCACACUAGUCAAAUCAGCUCUACUGAACGAUGCGGUCAUCACCGAGGCGGACGAUUGGAAAGCCGCAUCCGUUAUCAUACCACCUGGGAAGUGUGUUGAUAACGUCUGGACACUUAUCUAUGCUGGAUUCCUGUGUGUACUGUGGAAGCUUAGUUUCUCGGGAUUCAAGCGUCUCUGGACCGAGUUUUCUGGGAUGACAGACAAUGCGAAAAAGAAAGGCCUGCACGGUCAAAAGCGUUAUUAUUAUAUUUUCAGCAUAGGGACCGACCAUAAACAUCGUGGAAAAGGUUUGGCGAAAGCGAUCAUGCGGGAACAUCAACAUACUGCUCAGUCGGAGAACGUCCCAAUCUGGCUCGAGGCCACGAGUCCAGGCUCCCGCAAUAUGUACCUAUCGUUGGGCUUCAAAGAGAUAGAAGAGAUUAUUGUUGGAAAGGGCAAAGUUGCUGCAGAUGCUACAAGACAGCCAGGUGGUCCUGGAAUUCCCAUUUAUGCAAUGGUAUGGUGGCCGGAAUUCUCCUCUUCGCCGGAACGGUGA